CUUAUAGCUCACAUGAGAAUUCACACUGGCGAAAAGCCUCAUACCUGUCAAGAGUGUGGAAAGAGUUUCAGUCGAAAAGAAAACCUUAAAGUCCACAUGAGAAAUCACAAUGGAGAAAACCCUUACACCUGUCAAGAGUGUGGAAAGAGUUUCAGUCAUAAAGGAAGCCUUAUAGCUCACAUCAGAAUUCACGUUAGAGAGAACCCAUUUGCCUGCCAACAGUGUGGAAAGAGUUUCAUUGGAAAAGGAAAACUCAAAAUCCACAUGAGAGUUCACACUGGAGAAAAGCCUUACACCUGCCAACACUGUGGAAAGAGUUUCAGUCGAAAAGGAAGCCUUAUAGCCCACAUGAGAAUUCACACUGGAGAAAAGCCUUACACCUGCACUCUGUGCGGGAAUGGCUUCACACGGGAACAAAGCCUUAGGGAACACAUUAAUAUUCACACUGGAGAGAAACCUUUUGUCUGCCAAAAGUGUGGAAAGAGUUUCAUUAGAAAAGGAAGCCUUAAAGCCCACAUGAGAAUUCACACUGGAGAGAGCCCAUUCACCUGCCAACAGUGUGGACAGAGUUUCAUUCGAAAAGAAGGCCUUAUAGCCCACAUGAGAACUCACACUGGAGAAAAGCCUUACACCUGCACUCUGUGUGGGAAUGGCUUCACACAGGAACGAAGCCUCAGGCAACACAUGAGAAUUCACACUGGAGAGAAGCCAUUUAAAUGUGAUCAGUGUGGAAAGAGUUUCACACAUAAAAUGAGCCUUUAUUACCACAUGAAUAUUCACACUGGAGAGAAGCCAUUCACAUGUGAUCACCUUAAGGACACCUUAAAAUCCACAUGAGAAUUCACACUGGAGAAAAGCCUCAUAACAGCCAACAGUGUGGAAAGAGUUUCAGACACAAAGGAAACCUUAUAGUCCACAUGAGAAUUCACACUGGAGAAAAGCCUUAAGCCUCGUUUGCACUGCACAUGGCUACUGAAGAUAAAAUACAAAAUAAAGUAAAAAUAAUCACCCUGAUUUAACUCCCGCUCUUAUUUCACAU